UUCCUCUCCCUCUCUCUCUCUCUCCCUCUCUCUCUCUCUCUCUCUUGUGUCCUUAAAUGACUUUCCCUCGGUCUCACACCCUCCCCCCCCUGCCUGUUCUUCUGUGUCUGUGCCUAUAGCCUCUCUCUCUCCCUCCCUGUUACAUACUGUAGAUGUUGCAUCGAUUGCACACACACACACACACACACACACAGACACAGGCACACGCACACACAGACACAGACACACACACACACACACACACACACACCGGCUCGCCUGCUCGGCUCGCUCCGGCUGAGUCUGCAUCGCUGAGAUGGAGCAGUGAGAUGCCGGUUCGGCCACCUCUGCAGAGCCACCGCCACCCGUCCGUCCGCCCGUCCUGCGUCUCCACUGCGUCUCCUCUGCGUCUCCUCGGACGCCCGCACUAAAGGUCAGAUUCUGGGCUUCUUCUCGGUGGUGCGGUGGGGUGGCGAGGGUUUGCCAGAGCACUUAGCAUCUGGGCACGAGUGUUUCUCCGUAGCCUAGUGCAGUGCUGGCUAGCCGACAGGGGCAGCGGAAGAGAGGCAGAGAGAGGAGAGAGAGAGAGAGAGAGAGAGAGAGAUCAAGAGAAAAAGAGAGAGAGAGAGAGAAUGAAAGAUUUUUUUUUCCCUCAUCCGAUUUUAGGUUUAGCAUGAAUAUUUCAGCCCUGUGCCUGGGUUAGAAGUCUUUUAAGAAUGCACUAGUUUCAACUUGUUUUGAUGUUUUUUUCUUUUCUUUUCCUUCUCUCCUCCUCCUCCUCCGUCCUGGCCGCUCUGUUUGCCCCCCCCUCCUCUCCCCUCUGCCCCCCCCCUCGUGCCUCAGAUGCUUGCAGCUCAACAGGUUCUGAUUGUGGGCGAUUGAGAGUUGUGAGAGAGCUUCACUCGGCGUGACCAUGUCCCACCUCUUGCACAUGGAGAUUCCCAACUUCGGUUCGGCCGUAUUGGACAGCCUGAACGAGCAGCGGCUCCUGGGUCAGCACUGCGACGUGGCCAUCAUGGUGAACACACACACCUUCAAGGCCCACCGCGCCGUCCUCGCCGCCAGCAGCCUCUACUUCCGCGACCUGUUCAGCGGCAGCGGCGGCCAGGCGCUGUUCGAGCUGCCCUCCUCCGUCACGGCCUCCUGCUUCCAGCAGAUCCUGUCCUUCUGCUACACGGGCAAGAUGACGGUGUCGGCCAGCGAGCAGCUGAUGGUGAUGUACACCGCCGGCUACCUGCAGAUCCAGAACAUCGUGGAGCGCGGCAUGGACCUGAUGUUCAAGGCCAACCCCCCGCCACCCUACUGCGACUCCCAGACGCCCGCAGCCGCCGGCGACGACCCCCCGACGACCCCGCCGCCGCCGCCCGACAACCAGCAGCAGCAGCAGCCGAUGCCCGCCUGCGACAUCAAGCAGGAGAAGGUGGAGACGGCGCUGUGCUCCCAGAGCGAGGAGGCGCGGGGCAAGGGGGGCGGCGGUGGUGCCAGGGGCCUGAUGCCCAGGGGCAGCGCCCUCUUCUACAGCGGGGUGGGGGCCAACGGGGGGCUCCUGGGGGUGUACCCCUACGACCUGGUCUCCGGGGACAACACCAGCCCCGGGGCCUCCAGCCUCCCCGCCACAGACAGCCCCACGUCCCACCAGAACGAGGACGAGGACCUGGAGGAGGACGCCUACGACACCCUGCCCGGCGUCAAGAAGCUCUACGGGUACUCCAUCAACCACUACGGCAUGCAGGAGAAGAUGGAACUGUCCUCCAUCCCCGUGUCCCUGGAGAGCCGCUAUUGUGUGUUACUGGGUGGCGACCGGGAGGCGCUGCCCGCCAGCCUCAUCAGUCAGAUCGGGUACCGCUGCCACCCUGCCCUCUACACCGAGGGUGACCCGGGAGAGAGACUGGAGCUGAUCGCAGGCUCCGGUGUGUUUAUGACGCGAGGACAGCUGAUGAACUGUCACCUGUGCGCCGGCAUCAAACAUAAAGUGCUGCUGCGCCGCCUCCUCGCUGCCUUCUUCGACAGAAAUACACUAGCGGACAGCUGUGGAACUGGAAUCCGCUCGUCGAACUGUGACCCCAGCAGGAAGCCUUUAGACAGCCGCAUUUUGAACACUGUUAAACUUUACUGUCAGAACUUCGCUCCCAACUUCAAGGAGAGCGAGAUGAACGUGAUCGCGGCGGACAUGUGCACCAACGCCCGGCGCGUGCGUAAGCGCUGGCUCCCCAAGAUCAAGUCCAUGCUGCCCGAGGCCAUGGAGGCGUACCGGAGCGCUGUGGCGGUGGUGGUGGGACCUGCGGACACGGCCCCCCCCGCGGCGGCCAGCACCACCUUCCCUUUCGAGGCAGAAUUCAAACACCUGACGGCGUCCAGCCUCCAGAUGGAGCAGCACCUGUACGGAGACGCGCGCGGCGACCGCGACCCGCUCCGAACGCUCCCUCACUUCCCCGCCGGCCCGGACGCCAAGGCCCCCCCCGUGGGCGAGCUGGAGGACGCCGCGGAGUCGGCGAAGGGCCGAGAAGACUCGGAGGAGGGGGGGAGAGGAGGCCGCGCAGAAACCACAACAGAGAGAGGCGUCCUCACCGUACACCCCGGCAACAAGAAGGCCGACGGGUCGUCAGGCUCGUCCACCCCGAAGGUGCACAGUAGCGAUCAGCCCGGGGAGAAGGUUCCCACAGAGGAACAGUGAACUGUGGAGAAGGUUCCGCCAGAGGAACAGUGAACUGUGUAUAUCCUUCCUUCAUUCCCUCCCUCCCAACCGAGACUCCUCCCUCCCAACCGAAACUCCGCCCUCCCAACCGCUGCUCCUCCCCAAACUUGUACUGCUGCUGUCAGAGAAACGCGUGCAGAGCUGCGCACUCAAGCUGCCAAUCAAGCGACCUGCAAGGACAUCCAGACGCUAAACAGGCCAGUGUGUCUCACACUGUCAAGCAACCGCAGUUAGCAUAAAAAGGCUAGCAUAGAGCUAUGAAUCCAAUAUGCUGUCAUUUAUCAUCAGUAAACAGACAGACACAGGAAGACACACUCUUACACACACACACACACACACACACACACACUCU